CCCAAAAAUAACUUGACGACUAGCCCAUUUCCCGCGAAAGACAACAUCGACAGAUUUAUCAUGGUCCACCACAAUAUCGGUUCUCAUUUGAGGUAAUACGUUGAGGACGGGUGCAGCUUAACCUAAGUAAAUAACAAACACCAUUGGGUGUUUAAUGUACGCUCAUGCUACCUUCAGAAAGAGGCAUCCUAGCUGUUAUCACCUGUUUUCAUAAAUGAACGACCUUACAGGGUCAGUUUUGUACUCUGUGACUGAACAACUGCUAAAAGAAGUUGAACAUUCGUACAAGUCAACAGGCAGAUUAACGGAUGAAAUUCUGUCGGCGUUACAGUUCGUGUUCCAAACAACCCUUCUCCCUGCUCUGGAUCUAGUUGAUCAGCGGAAUGUGACCCGACUUUCCUCACCAAGUGGACGUAUCAUUUAUCAGGUAGUGGGAAGUUCUGGGACGCCGUACACAUGUCUAGCCACCAGCAUCUACUGUUCCUGUCCAGCUUACAGAUUCUCCGUACUGCUGAAGCAGGACCAUAUUAUGAGAAGGGGCUGCGGUGGUCAAGUGGUUAAGGUGUCUGACAUUCUGCUACUACUAGCCUUUCACUGCUGUGUCGCGGGUUCGAGACCGAUUUGGGCAGUUGGCAGGUACUGGCCAUCGGUCGGUGUUUUUUCUCCUAGAACUCCGGCUUUCCUCCACCACCAAAACCAGUGUAAACACACAUUGGCUAUUCGAUUGGCUAUUACUAUGGACCUGUGUAAAGAGUUAAAAGUCUCCAACCAGGAAUUGGUCAAGGCCAUUACCAGCAUCGACUGAUCAUGUCACAACAGGAAACGAUCAAGGCCAGAGUAAAUAUUGACUCCAGUCACAACAGGAAACGAUUAAGGCCGGAGUAAAAAUUGACGCCAGUAAGAACAGGAAACGAUCAAGGCCAGAGUAAAUAUUGACUCCAGUCACAGCAGGAAACGAUCAAGGCCAGAGUAAACGAUCAAGGCCAGAGUAAAUAUUGAUCCCAGUAAGAACAGGAAACGAUCAAGACCAGAGUAAAUAUUAACUACAGUCACAACAGGAAACAAUCAAGGCCAGAGUAAAUAUUGACUCCAGUCACAACAGGAAAUGAUCAAGGCCAGAGCUUACUUUGUUGCCUGCUAUCCAAAUAGGAAAGUCUGAACAAAGUUUGAUUGACUUGUCACACAAGCAAUAUACCAACGGUAACACAAAGACAGUGAUGAUUUACCAUGACAUUUUAACUGAUUAACAACAAUAUUGUUAUCCCCUGCUUAAUACAUCUUUCAAGGUCAUAAGUCAAGACCAAAAAUUAAUUUUUAACAUUAAAGCAUGUAAAUAACUA